AUAUGUUUGGUAUUAUGUAAAGAUAUAUUUAGUCCCAUUUGGUUGCGUACUGCUGACAGGACUAAGGCAGCCCAUAAACAGAUUGUGGUUCAGGGGGAAGUGGGGAGGCAGAAAGCACUCUACGGACAGAGCUGCAAAAAUGUCCAGCAAAGUAAUGGACCUGAUCUACUGGCGAGACUUGGAGAAGACUGGCACUGUGUUCACAGGGCUGGUCAUAGGUUUGCUCUGCAUGUUCCAGUAUAGCGCCAUCUCUGUGGUAUCCAACCUCUGCUUGACAGUUAUGUGUUUCACCUUCCCAGUCCGCCUCCUCUUCAAGGCCCUGGAGCUGCUACGUUUCAGAAACGUAGUCCAUCCCUUCAAGUCUUAUCUGGAAUAUGACCUCUCUCUGACUGACGAACAGACUGUGCGCCAUGUGGAAACAAUCGUUCUGAUGGGGGCCACUGCCGUAACGGAAAUGAAGCAUCUCUUUUUUGUUGGCAGUAUUUAUGACUCCAUAAAGUUCAUUGUCCUGGUUUACCUGCUGACCUACGUGGGAGUGCGCUGCAAUGGCCUCACGCUGAUGAUUGCUGGUGUGAUAUCGCUCUUUUCACUCCCCUUGUUCUACAGGCAACAACAGGAGAAGAUUGACAAAUUAGUGACAAAGUUCCAGACUUCCGUAAACAAAAUCAAAGAUACAUUUCAACUGUUGCUUCAAAACAUUAAAUCCGCCCCAGCUUCUGCCCCCACCUCUGGACCCAAAGCCAAACCCAAAACAAAAUGAAGAAUUAACAAAAGUUAUAAGAUGAAGAAGAGAAGAGAGAAGAUGGGCUAAAGACUCAAUGGCGCCUUAAAUAGUAAUUUACUUCACAAUUCCCUGGAUUGCUCCCCUGCAGCUUGAGCGUCAUCAUGCUUCUGUAUAGAGUGACAGAGUUUGCUGUUAAAACCCUAAAAUCAGUCCAAACACAGAGCUUGGAACCUUGCACCCUAAUCUGUAAUCUACUCAUCCUUCUAUGCAUUACUGAAAGGUAAAUGUUCCUGUAUUGUAAAUGUGAAUUAGAACAAUUGCAUUAAAAUCUAGCAUAAAACAGUUGUGUUGUUAAAAAAGGACUGCUUGGAAUUAUCAUGGGGUAUUCUGAAAUUUAAUUUGAUGUGGCUUAAGGCUUUAUAAAGAAUAGCAAAAUCAGACCCCAUACAGAAUGUUUUGAGUACACUAAUAAAUUCAAUCCUUUCAUUAUUUUUUUAUUUCUUUAUGGCUAUGCCUUGAAAAACAGCAAUAUUUUCUAAAUUCUCAGCAUUUACACACACCUUACUUACAAAAUGCAUGCAGAUGGAAGACUGUUCAAAGAACUUUGUGCAUUGAAGUGAAAUCAACUAAAAACAAGAACACUCCAUUAAUUCAAAUUACAAAACCCACCCUGCUGAUUGCAGAUAUGCUUGGUUCUAAUCUCUAAGGACUAUGGAAAAUGGAUAGAAUAGAAAAGUUUACUUUCUCCAGAGGCAGGAUUUUAUGAUAGUAUUCAGUUAUUCAAUAUGUUUAUACAUGAUUAAACAGAUGUAUUAAUUGUAAUGUUUGUAUUUCAUUUACCAUUCAUAUGAAAAACAUAAUGGGGUCCAGUGUGUUUCCACAAUCAAAAAUAAGAUCAAUAAGCCCAAUAAUCUUGAAUUUACUGAUUUGUUUGUAUAUAAAACUGAUGUUUGGCAGAACAGUUAUAUCCUCAUAAUUUUUUUUGUUUAAUUAUGUUAUUGUCCUCAGUAAUUUUGUACAAACAUUUAAAUUAUUGCGCAGACUUUUACUAAUACAGUUUAAAUAUAUUUUUGUUACCAAAAUACAUGGCCAAUAUUAUUCCCAGUUAGUUCCUUAGGCAGAAAUUAUAACACCCAUCUAAAAAUACAAAAACAUUUAAUUUACCUAUCGAGAAAUCAGAUGUGAUUACACAAGUAAUGUACAAAUAAAAGCAAAACAUCACUGCCAGCCACCCCUCUCCUAAUCACGUAUUGAGACGUAUUGAGUGCAGGGUGACUGCAAAUGGAAAAACAAAAUAUAAGAACUGCAUUUUUAAGUUACUAAAGUUUUCAUUUAUGAUUCCAUCAAGUAUAACAUCUUAUUUGUGUUUAUUUGGAUUGAAAAGUAGUGAUAUUAACUAAUUAAUAUUAUGUUCAGAAAGAUACUAUAUAUCUAAGUAACUGCAAAUUAUAUUGUCUUGGUUCAAUUACUGACUUUAUUUUCUUCAUGCCCACAACCCUGAUAUUAUAAAGCCGCAGUGAUGCUCCCUCAAUCCAAAAAGAGGCACCUGACUUAAAUUGUUGUCUCUAAAUUGCUUAUAGUAAGUGAUGGUGAAUGUGUUAGUGUGUCUGCAAUCGGCAAAGAGAAACUCCAGGUGUGACCCUGUACUGGAUAAGCAGUUAUAGAAAAUGGAUGGAUGGAAUUCUGAUCAUUUGUUGCAUUAUAAUAGUUUUAUACAUGUGCUACAUAAUAGGUUAUGCUGUAACAGCACAGAGCAAAAGUAAUUAAAAUUUGCAUAGUCCUGGUCAUAAUGAUUUUAGCAGUACUGUAUCUCCUUAAAAGUAAUUUUGCAUAAAAUUUUCACAAAUUAAAUUGACUCACUAAUGAAUAUGGCUGCUCUGCUUUUUUCAUUGAUUCCUGAUGGCAUGAUCUUGAUCCAAAAUACACAAUUCUGGUAUUUCCAUGCUAUAUCCUCACAAUUUGUUUGGCCUAAUAACUGGAUUUUGACUUACAUGUUUUGUGUAUUUAAUACAGUCCUCUUGAAAACCUGAUGAUCAACUACUAAAAUUAAAUUUUUGCAAACCAUCUGACUUUCAUUGCAGCACACAUAUAUUAUUUUUCGUUCCAAUAAAGAUCAUAAAUUGGUUAAUUAAAAAUCUAUGACUAUUAUGUGUUAUUUCAUAAUUUAAAUAAAUAUGCCAUAUACUGUAAAUUUACAACAUGGUUAACACAGGCCUAUAUUCAAUUAUUCCUUAGUUUUCUAAAUAUAUACAACAUAUACUUAUAUAAGUUCUUAAAUACACCCACAAACCAAUAAAAGUAGAGUGUAUUCAAUUAUGUAUCCUGUGCUGUUUGAUAAUUCAAAUUUAUAUACAUUCCAUGAAAUACACGGUCAACACCAACUUCCAGUCACUAAUCCCUCAGCUGCAAUUUAAUCCACAGCCUCAUGGUGGUGCUGUAAAUCCUUGUAAAUGUGCUCUAUCAUAAUGGCAAUGAAGGCAUGUUGAAUGUUUGUUUCUUAAUUCAACCUCUGAAACUUAUUGUUACUGUUUUACAUAUUAUUUCAAAAUAUUCUAUGUUUACUUAAAGUGUUGCAACAGGUUUGCAAAAACACAUUACUGUUCACUGCUGUAUUAUUCCAAAUGUUAUUCAAAUUAAGUAAAAAUAAAUGUGUGUGUGUGAAUAUUUGACUAAAAUAUUUGCUUGGUUUGUUGGUUCGGAUGAACCAAUUUAAUUCGAUUAUUUUAGUUUACGGGAUAAAAACCCUUUUUCUCUGUU